AUGCGUGGCGGGUACUCGGGCGGCGGUGGUUUCGCUGGCGGCCGCCAUAGCAGCCGCAGCAAUGAUGGCAGGGGAUACCACGGGAACCCUUGCCUGACGAUGCACCAGCCGUGGGCGUCGCUGCUGGUGCACGGCAUCAAGCGUGUCGAGGGCCGCUCAUGGCCGUCCCCGAUCACAGGCCGCCUGUGGAUUCACGCAGCAUCCAAGGUUCCUGACCCCGACACCAUCAAAGCCAUGGAGGAUUUCUAUAGGGAGAUUUAUGCCGUCAAUGGCAUCACUGACAUCAAGUUCCCUGAUCAUUACCCUGUCUCAUGCCUCCUUGGCUGUGUUGAGGUGGUAGGCUGCCUCAGGUCUGAAGAGCUUGUUUGCUGGGAACACGUUCCUGAGUCUGUCAGACUUGAAGGGCUGACUGACUUUUGUUGGCUCUGUGAGAAUCCGCAGAAGUUGGUGGUUCCAUUCGAGAUGCGUGGUUACCAGGGCGUCUACAAUUUAGAAAGAAGGAUCUAUGAUGGGGCUGUGAGGGGCCUUUCACCUGUUCAAGGUCCACUGCCUGUCAAGUUCCCUCUUCCAGAUCCCAGAGAUCCUUUCUCUUUGAAGCCAGGAUCUCUUACAUUUGCUGCUUCCAAAUCCACGCUGCAAAAAUCUGCAUGUGUUACUGCAGCAAUAGCCGGGGCUCGAGCUGCAGCCACUCAAUUCUCAAAGAAAGAUCACAAAGCUGCUACUAGUGAAACUGGUACACAAGAGCAAUCCUGGGGAAGCAAUGGUGAUAGCUGUUCAGUUGAUGGCAAUGUGCCGUCCAUUGUCCAUGGCGGCUCUGCGUAUCUACAGAACCAGAAUCAGCCUUCAAUUUUCCAGAGCACUCCAGCGUACUCCCAAAAUCCAAAUUCCGAGCCUCGGAGAAGCCCCAGAUUAGAAUUUGGAGCUUCCAAUAGGCUUGUUACAGUGGCACUGAGGGAGCUGAAGCAGUUAAGCCUGAGCGAGAAGGGAGCAGGACAAGCAGUUCCCAGAAGCUGA